GAAUUUGCCUUGCUUGAUUAUGAUAUCUAUGGAGUCAGUGCUGACUCCUCAGCUGCUCAAAGUAAAUGGCAAAUGAAGAAACAACUCCCAUUCCCACUCAUUUCUGAUCCAAAGAGGUCGUUGAUAGGCAUUCUUGAGGCUGGUGAUGGAAAUAAGACGAAACACAGUCAUUUUGUCUUUGAGAAAAGUGGUAAGCUUUUGGAUCAGCGAAUGCCUGUGAAGCCGGUAGAC